AUGGAAAGAGUGUUCCCAGCUAGUGUAGGGGUGCAAAGACAAUGUAGUGUGGCUGAGAAUAAUUUGAGAAGGGUUCAAGGAGAGGUUGAUCAAUAUGGAGUUGGCCAAAUGAACCAGGGAGGAUCAAGUCAUCAGUUUAGGCCUAGACCUCGAACCUUCAAAAGAAGGCAAGUGCAACAUGCAAGACCUAACCAUCCUCCGCAAUGUCAAGUAUGUAAGAAGUUCCAUUUCGGAAGAUGUACCGCUGGUGUAAUUAGGUGUUUUAAGUGUCAAGGAGAAAGUCACAUGUCUAGGGAAUGUCCUCAGAAUAGGAACCAGAUGCAGGGGAGGAGCGUCGGUCGAGUUUAUACUUUGGAUGCAAGGAAGGCUAAGAGCAACAAUGCCUUAAUUGCUGGUAUGUGUUUCAUCAAUAAUCAUCCUUGUUUUAUAUUGUUUGAUUGUGGGGCGACACACUCUUUUGUAUCAAUUUGGUGCAUGAAGCGUCUUGGCUUGCAAGCAAUUCCCUUGUCUCCUCCUAUGGUGGUUACUACCGCAAUGGAUCAUGUGGUUGAGACACCGUUGAUUUGUAAAAGUUGUUCGCUCUCGGUGAAUGGUAGAAUUUUCCAGAUUGAUCUUAUUUGUUUACCACUUAAGAAGGUUGAUGUGGUUUUGGGGAUGGAUUGGCUUUCCGCCAACUCGGUGUUUAUUGGUUGUGAAGAGAAGUUGAUUAUCAUUCCAUCUAGUGAAGCUACUCCAAAGGAUGUACUAACUACUAUCUUGGAAGGUACAGUUGACAUGGUUAAUUUAUUAUUUGAGAAUGAAAAGUCAGUUCUCUUGGUUCCUACCAAGGAGCCUAGCGAUAAUCUGAGUGUUACACAAAUCCCUGUUGUUUGUGAAUUUUUGGAAGUUUUUCCUGAGGAUGUCACCUCUCUUCCUCCUGAAAGGGAAGUGGAAUUCUCUAUUGAUCUGAUACUUGGGACAACUCCAAUCUCCGUCUCUCCAUAUCGCAUGGCGCCACUAGAGUUGAGAGAGUGUUAG